UCAUUUUUUCAUUAUGGCACCUUUCCUCUUUCCGCCGCAGCAAGCAACAAGUAGCAUCCCAGCUACAACAGAUUGCGGUGAUCGAGCUGGUUUUGUUGGUCCUCUUUGGUUUCUUAAAAUUUCAGGCGUACAAAUUCAAAUCCGACGACCACAAUUUAAUUGCAAUAUUUGGGGCUACGAUUUUACUGUCGUUCGAUUUUGUUUAGAGGAGAACUGAAGGGUCAUAAUUUAAAGAUAAAGGCCACAAUUGGAAAAGAAAAGCAGAGGAACAAAACCUCCAUUGUUUGAGAGAGCACCGAAAAUAAAUAUUUUCAAGUUUAUUUUCCUUUUUCUUUUCUCCCCUUUUUCUUUUCAAGCUUUUAAUGGGGUGAUGAAAGGUGCUCGUUGUUUGCCGAUAACCGCCCUUGUUCGGAUGAUAUUUUACCGAGUGAACUCCUACUUUGUUACAAGACGAGGUUGGGGUAAAAGGAGAAUUGAAGAAGGCCACGAUUUCGUUGAGAAGGCCACAACAACAAUUGAAAUGAACAUGGCAAAAUCUGGUGCUCACGAGGUCCAAGCCUUUGAUCAUGAGAUGGGGCUAUUUGAGGUUACAACUGGACGAGGAGGCAGGGCUUCAGGUAAAGGUGGUAACGUACACACUGUUAACCUUGUAGCCAAAACUUGCACUUGUGAGAAAUUAAAAAUCUACAAGUUGCCAUGCUCCCAUGUGCUUGCGGUUUGUCGUUCUCGCAGCUUAUCUUAUGCUGCUUUCGUUGAUCUUUCUUUACCACUGUCGAGUAUAGGCAAACAUACUUGAAGAGCUUUCAUCCACUUCCUGAUGUUCCCUAUUGGCCUCAUUAUACUGGGGUGAGAAUAGUUGCUGAUGCUAGUAAACGGCGUGGUGUGGGACGCCCAAAGUCGUCUCAAUACCCUAAUGAGAUGGAUUCGAGUGCUCGACGCAGUGUCAAUGUAAAAUCAUGUAGCAUUUGUCGACGUCAAGGGCAUAAUAAGAAAACUUGUGCAGCUAGGGGUGGUGUUGGAUCAUCGGGGUCUCAUGGAGCCGACGAUCCAUCCCGGCCCACGUGAUACUUCGGUUUUGACGUUGCAGGCGGAGCAUAGGAGUGAGGAUGUUUGGGGAGGGGGUAUGGACAGGCUUUUGACGUGUCGGGAGCACGUGCUUGGUUUAGGAGAGUGGGUGAUACAUGAUCGAGUCUUGGAGUUUGUUAGAUUAGUAGGGUUCUAUGGUGUACAUAGAUUGGUUGGUGGUGGAUUAGCCUUAGAUAGGUCUUUGAUCACAGCAUUGAUUGAGAGAUGGAGACAGGAGACGCACACUUUUCAUUUGGCUGUUGGUGAGGCUACUAUUACUCUGCAGGAUGUCGCUGUUUUGUUGGGGCUCAGAGUUCAUGGGGCUCCUGUCACAGGGGAUGGUACUGGGGUGUGGUCAGCUUUAGUCGAGGAGUUGUUAGGGAUACGACCAGAGCCUGGUGAUGAUGGAAAACCUGUUCUCCAGGGUUCAUCAUUGAGGAUGACUUGGUUGAGGCGACACUUCAGUCAGGGCCCCCCUGAUGACGCUGCUGAUAUUGUUUAUGAGAGGUUUAGCCGAGCAUAUAUUCUUGCACUUAUGGGGUCCAUUUUGUUUGCUGAUAAGAGCGGUGAUGCCGUGCAGCUCGUCUACUUGCCAUUGAUUCGCGACUUGCGUAGAGCUGGGACAUACAGCUGGGGGAGUGCGACCCUUGCUUAUUUGUAUCGACAGAUGUGUCGAGCCGCUCGUAGACGAUCCCGUGACAUUGGUGGUCCACUUAUACUUCUGCAGUUAUGGUCAUGGGAGCAUAUUCACAUUGGUCGUCCGAGGAUUUCGAGAGUUCGCGAUGCUCCACCUCCUGACCCAGAGCAUCCUAUUGAGGUCGACGAUCCAUCUAUUCUUGGUACUCAGCAUCAGCGUGGAGUGGACCCCUUAGCAUGCAGUUGGCUUAGGGUUCACUUUUCAUAUGGCCAUACAGCUAGUGGACUCUCUUUCUUUAGGGAUGCACUUGACCAUCAAAAGGAGACACAGAUGACUUGGCAGCCAUAUUCAGAGACGGUACUUGGUUUACUACCCGAGAUUUGUAGAUGUGAUAGAGAUAUAUGGCGCUCAGUUGUACCGUUGAUUUGCUUUGACAUUGUUGAGUACCACUACCCAAAUCGAGUGAUGCGUCAGUUUGGAUUGGAACAGUCAGUUCCCGUUGCGUGUGACACGAGUGUUGAUCUUCAUAAUGUGGAUCGACGGCAUAAAAACAAGAAGUUUGAAGAGAUGCAUCGCAAAUAUGUGGAGGAGUGGCGUGAUCGUGAGAGUCGGAUUGUUCAAGGCACUCCUUUUGCCGGUCAUCGUGAGAGGAUGAAGGAGUAUAUGGAUUGGUAUUGUAGCAUCACGAGACUCCUCAUUACCCCUGUUACACGAUCACCCCCCACCACUCAUUAUCAGCCUUCUUCCUCUGAUAUUAUUUUGUCACAUGCAUUGGCUGAUCUUUCCUCAAGAUGCACUCGAGCUGUGGAUUCUGCGUUAGAGUUACCUCCCAGUUUGGCCCUUCCUCUCACUCUUGAUACGUUACGCAAUUUGAGUUCCUCUUGCAUUGAGACCUUAUCAAGAGUGGGGCAAGAACAUAUCCUCCAACAAUAUGAUUUAGCCUCGUCUCAGUGUACACCCGACACCUCCACCUCACAUGUUUCUCGAGGGCGUGAUUUUCGACCACCACGUGCACGCCCUCCACCACUUACUCCUCCUCUACGCCCUCCAUCACUUACUUCUCCACGCCCUCCAUCACCACCUUCUCCACGCCCUCCACCACCACCUUCUCCACGCCCUCCACCUCUUACUCCUCCUGCAUCUCCGCCAGCAUCACAAGUUAUUUCAUCUCCUCCUUUGCAGCUUCUCACUUACCGGCGACAAAAGGGUUGCUCUCCUAGUCAACGUCCCGAGCCAAUUGCCGAGGAGGAUGAGUCCUCAUUUUCAUCGUCCGAGCAUUCAAAGAAACAACGUAGAACUUAUAUUUGAGCUACAUUAGAAAUUUUGUGUAAUCUUUUGUUCUUUUUGCUAGUAUUGGAACUUUUAGAACUUUUAGAAACUCAUGUGUCAUUAUUGGAACGAUUGAACUUUUGGAAAUUUUUUGUUUGCACUCUUCUAUUUUGUUGCAUAAGUGUUAUGGUUUGGUUGGUUGGUAUGAUUUAUGGAGGUUGUUGGAGUUGGAUUAUAGACGUUGGAGUUGGAUUAUAGACGUUGUUGGAGAUCUUGGAUUUGUUUACAGGUUGUUGGAGUUGGACUAUUUGGCAGAAGAUCUCAGCCCAUUUUCUGGCUGAACACUGGAAACUGCAAGCUUGGAUGCAGGGGGCAUUAUGAACCG